AUGAUGCAACGAGCAGACGAAAAACUUAUUCCUUCCACUGCCAAAGAACUAAAGGAAGCAUUUCAUGCGAAUCUUUCUAGUAUCGGAUUCCUCUCGUUUAUUAGAAAUAUAUUUCAAGGAGUUGCUUCGCCUUUAGCUGUUGGAACUGGAGUCAGCCGCUACUUCAUUCAGGUUACCUUUGGUGCAGCAGUCAAUGGGGUUGGACAUGCAAUUGUUUAUCCGGUGCUUCAGUCGAUUAUUGCGGAUAGCUUUAAAGAUAGUGCAAGAGGUUUUGGUUUUGGUUUAUGGAAUCUUAUUGGUACGGUUGGAGGUAUAGGUGGAACCGUUGUGCCAACGAUCAUGGCUGGUCAUGUUAUAUUGGGAAUAUCAGGCUGGCGCUGUGCCUAUCUAUUGAGUGCAACAUUAAGUACCAUGAUCGGAUUUCUUGUUUUCUUCUUUGUCAGUGACCCAAGGGAGACGAAAUCUAGCAGCUCCAUUAUUCCUGAUCAUGAACGAGAUGAAAACAAUGCUGUUGUUUCAACAACGGAGAGUUCAAACUCGGUUUGGAAGGAAUCGUGGGUGGCCAUUAAAGAUGUAACCAGAUUAGGAACAUUUAAAAUCAUCGUAUUUCAGGGAAUUAUAGGCUCAGUGCCAUGGAAUGCAAUGGUUUUCUGGACAAUGUGGUUCGAACUCAUUGGUUUUAAUCAUAAUCAAGCAGCGCUUCUGAAUGGAGUAUUCACCACGGGACAAGCAAUAGGAUCAUUACUCGGAGGAAUAAUUGCAGACAAAAUGUCUCGUGUGUUUCCAAACUCAGGCAGAUUAUUUUGCGCACAAUUCAGCGUUUUCAUGGGGGCUAUAUUCUCUGUUAUUCUUCUAAGAAUAAUCCCACGAUCCACCAACAGUUACUACAUCUUCAUGGUCACUCUUUUCUUAAUGGGUCUCACCAUAACUUGGUGUGGACCAGUCAUUAACUCUCCAAUCUUAGCUGAGAUUGUUCCUCCUACGCAUUGA